GGAGGCUUCGCGCUGGGGGGGGGCACGAAGGGGGUGGGGGACAAAAUGGCGGCAGAAGGCCGUGGCCUGCUUGCGUUGCUAUGGAAACGGAGCCUGAGGCCUACUAGUGUCAGUGUGGAAAUGAAGCCUGCGGCUUGUGCGUGUUACCAUGGAAAGGAAGCAAAGGGCCUAGUUGUAUCACCGUGGAAACAAAGCCUGCGGCCUGCUCCCGUUGCCAUGGUAAUGAAGCCCGAGGCCUACUGCUGUUACCACGGAAACAAAGCCUGCGGCCUCCCACUGUCACCAUGGAAACGCAGGCCUAAGGCCUAUUCCAGUCUCCACAGCAACACACCCUGCGGCCUCCAACAGUCGCCAUGGCAACGAAGCUGCGGCCAGCUCCAGCCGCCCUAUGGGCAGUGCAAAGCGCCAAUAAAACCCAAAGUCCAUUAAGAGUUCGGAAAGCGGUGAUUCUUUUCCUGAAGAAAUUUUUAUGUCUUUACAAGGCUUUUGAUACGGAGCCGGUUUUUGCGCUUCGGCAGAGGCCGGAAGUGCAGGUGAGGAAAGGGCGGGGCUAUGUGGACAGGGCGCAUGCGCAGAGUGGCGCGGCGCAGAAAACGAAGUGAAAAUCGUCGAGGCGGCCGGAAGUGGGAGCAUAGCGGCGCCGGAAGUGGGAACAUGGCGGCCGCGCUGGAGCGAUGGGUGGCGGGGGAGCUGCAAGAGCUGCUGGGGAUGAGCGGCCGCCACGUCCCCGCUUUCCUGGUAGCUCUGGCGGCGCGGAGCCGGAGCGUAGAGGAGCUGCUGGAGCGGCUGAGGGAGACGGAGGCGCUGCGGGUGGAGGAGCCGCGCGUCAGAGAGUGCGAGGAGCUGUGGGGAAAGGUGCCCCGAGAGCCCCCCAAGGAGCCCCCAGGGCGGGCAGCCGAGAGGGCAGCACUGGAGCUGCAGCGCCGCAGUCAAGGUUACCGCCCCAUAGAGAGCGACGAUGAGGAUGAUGAGCGGAGGUCCGACCCCAUCCCCACCCCACAGCGUCGUCGCCGUCGCCAUCUGCGCCGUCGCCGAUCCGAAUCGCCUGACAAGGAGAGCCCCGAGCCGUCCCCAGCACCAGCUCCGGAACCCUCAGAAGAACCAGAGGCAGAAUGGGAAGCGUCGGAACGGGAACGUCUUCGGGACCUGGAGGAACGUGACGCCUUUGCUGAACGUCUCCGCCGCCGCGACCGCGACCGCACGCGCAACGUCCUCACCCGCCCCGAUGCCAAGGCCUAUGAAGAAGCCCAAAAACGCCUCAAAGUUGCUGAAGAAGACCAAAAAACCAUGGUUCCCGAGCUCCGCAAGAAAUCCCGACGGGAAUAUUUGGCCAAAAGGGAACAGGACAAACUGGAGGAGCUGGAAGCGGAGAUUGCUGACGAGGAAUAUCUUUUUGGGGAAGAAACCCUAACGAGUUCCGAGCGUCGGGAGCUGGAAUACAAGCGGAGAGUGCGGGAUUUGGCACGGGAAUACAAGAGGGCGGGAGAGAAGGAAAAGCUGGAGAAGAGCAACCGCUACUACAUGCCUGAGGAGACACGGGAUAAGAAAAUCCCAGAACGCGAGGAUCCCGGUGCAGAGGAGGAACGUUUGGCCCCCAGGGAUGAGCAAAGGCGAUGGGAAGAGGAAAGGAUGGGGGCUGCAGCUCUGCGUUUCGGGGCUCGCGAUGCCGCCCAGCGUCGACCCCCCCCCGAUUACGACUUCAUCCUGGAGGAGGAUGAGAUGAUUCAGUUCGUCAGCGCCGUGCAGAUGAAGGGCACAGAGCCUGAGAAGGAAGCCCCCGCCCCGGUGCCGGAAUCGGAGCGUCGUCGUCGUUCAGCUCAGGAGGUUCGUCGCUCCCUUCCCAUUUUCCCUUACCGGGAUGAAUUGGUGGCUGCCAUCAACCAGCAUCAAAUCCUGGUGAUAGAAGGGGAAACUGGAUCCGGGAAGACCACCCAAAUCCCCCAAUAUCUUCACGAGGAGGGAUACACACGGCAGGGGAUGAAGAUCGGGGUGACGCAGCCAAGGCGCGUGGCUGCCAUGAGCGUGGCUGCACGGGUGGCCGUGGAGAUGGGCACCAAACUGGGCAACGAGGUGGGGUACAGCAUCCGGUUUGAGGACUGCACGUCGGAGCGCACGGUGCUGAAGUACAUGACGGACGGGAUGCUGCUGAGGGAGUUCCUCACCGAGCCCGACCUGGCGUCGUACAGCGUCAUCAUGGUGGACGAGGCCCACGAGCGCACGCUGCACACGGACGUUCUCUUUGGGCUGGUGAAGGACAUCGCUCGGUUCCGACCCGAGCUGAAGGUCCUGGUGGCCUCGGCCACUUUGGACACCCAAAGGUUCUCCGCCUUCUUCGACGACGCUCCCGUCUUCCGCAUCCCCGGGCGUCGCUUCCCUGUAGACAUCUACUACACCAAGGCACCCGAGGCCGAUUACCUGGAGGCCUGUGUGGUGUCAGUGCUGCAGAUCCACGUCACGCAGCCCCCGGGGGACAUCCUGGUCUUCCUCACUGGGCAGGAGGAGAUUGAGGCGUGUGUGGAGCUGCUGCAGGAGCGCUGCCGCCGCCUGGGCUCCAAGAUGGCGGAGCUGCUGGUGCUGCCCAUCUAUGCCAACCUCCCCUCCGACAUGCAGGCUCGUAUCUUUGAGCCCACGCCGCCGGGAGCCCGCAAGGUGGUGGUGGCGACGAACAUCGCGGAGACGUCGCUGACCAUCGAUGGCAUCGUUUACGUUUUGGACCCCGGGUUCUGUAAGCAGAAGAGUUACAGCGCCAGGACCGGCAUGGAGUCCCUCAUCGUCACUCCCUGCUCCAGGGCCUCAGCCAAUCAGCGCGCAGGGCGGGCUGGCCGCGUGGCUCCUGGGAAAUGUUUCCGCCUUUACACGGCCUGGGCUUUCCAACACGAACUGGAGGAAACGGCCGUGCCCGAAAUCCAGCGCGCCGACCUGGGCUGCCUCGUGCUGCUGCUCAAGAGCCUGGGUGUCAAUGACCUCAUCCACUUCGACUUCCUCGACCCCCCGCCCCACGAGGCUCUGCUGUUGGCGCUGGAGCAGCUCUACGCCCUCGGGGCCCUCAACCACCUCGGGGAGCUCACCACGCUGGGCCGGCGCAUGGCGGAGCUGCCGGUGGAGCCCAUGUUGGCCAAAAUGAUCCUCGCGUCCGAGCAGUACGGCUGCACAGAGGAGGUGCUGACAGUGGCAGCCAUGCUGUCGGUGAACAACGCCGUCUUUUACCGGCCCAAAGAUCGAGUGCUGCACGCAGACAGCGCCCCUGGCUUCUACAUCCCGGGGGGGGACCACCUGGUGCUGCUCAACGUCUACAACCAG